CAAAUCAGUGUCCGUGCUUGUUUUGAUCGUCAUUGCUGACAGACGCUCGGACCGUAGGCUGUGCGUUGAUGACGGAGAAGUCAGGAACUCCCCCUUCAAAAGGCAGGUACCUCAUUUGAGAGAAACACCUCACUCAUCUCUCGACUCCUUUCCGUGACCAAAAGACAACAUGAGCAGAUUCCUCGCAUUGCUCUCGGUCGCUUUGGCCUUCGCAGCCUCCACUGACGCGGCGGCCGAUCUCCCGCCCAUUCCCGCGGACAAGACGACGCCGAUUCAUCAGCGCCUAUCGCUCAAGGGGCCCAAAGCAAUCUCUGUUGGAUGGAACACUUAUGAGAAGCUGGACAAACCCUGCGUGUCCUAUGGCACAGCAGCAAACAAGUUGACGCAGACGGCAUGCUCAACCUCUUCCGAAACCUACCCAUCGUCGAGGACGUGGUCCAACGCCGUCACGCUCGAGAAUCUCAAGCCGGCGACGACGUACUACUACAAAAUCCAGAGCACGAAUUCGACCACCGACUUCUUCCUCUCUGGACGGAGCGCUGGCGACAAGACACCAUUCACAAUGAAUGCUGUCAUCGACCUCGGUAUCUACGGACGGGAUGGUUACACAAUCAAUAACGACAUGUCCAAGAGGAGCAUGAUCCCCACGAUUGAUCCCUCGCUCAACCACACGACCAUUGGCCGUCUUGCCACGACCAUCGAUGAUUAUGAGCUCAUUGUUCACUCCGGUGACUUUGCUUACGCCGACGACUGGUACCUCAAGCCCCAGAAUCUCUUGGACGGUAAAAACGCUUACGAGGCCAUUCUCGAGAACUUCUACGAGCAGCUUGCGCCCAUCUCGGGCCGCAAACCCUACAUGGUGUCUCCUGGAAACCAUGAGGCAGACUGCACCGAGGUUCUGUACCACCAAGGCGCCUGCCCCGACGGGCAGUCCAACUUCACGGACUUCUACGUCCGCUUCGAAAACAACAUGCCCACGGCCUUUCCUUCAAGCUCGUCCGACAACAAUGCCAUUAGCAAGGCAAACAUGGCCAAGGCGCUGAGCAAGCCACCCUUCUGGUACAGCUUCGACUACGGUCAGGUCCACGUCACCAUGAUCAAUACCGAGACGGACUUUGACAAGGCGCCCGAUGGGCCGGAUGGAUCUGCCAACCUCGACGGUGGACCGUUUGGCAGCCCCGGCCAGCAGCUCAACUUCCUCGAGGCAGACCUGGCCUCGGUUGACCGUAGCGUUACGCCUUGGGUCAUUGUCGCUGGCCACCGACCAUGGUAUUCGACGGGCGGAAGCGACAACAUCUGCACUCCUUGCCAAGAUGCCUUUGAGAAGACAUUGUACAAACACGGUGUCGACAUCGCCAUCUUUGGGCACGUCCACAACGCCCAGGCAUUCAAGCCCGUGUUCAACAAUACGGCGGACCCCGCAGGCUUCAACAAUCCUGAGGCGCCAUACUACAUCGUCGCUGGUGGCGCCGGCAAUAUCGAAGGCCUCUCGAGCGUCGGCAGUCAGCCAAACUUCACGGACUACGCCUACGCGGACGACUACAGCUACGCCACGUUGUCCUUCGUCAACAAGACCAACGUCGACGUUGCCUUCAUCCGGUCCAGCACGGGUCAGAAGCUUUACAAGCAGACGCUCUACAAAGCUCACAACACCAAGUUCGUCUCUCAGUGAUCUUCGUGGUAAAUUAUGAUAAUAUCAGGACAAUGCGCGAGCAUUCCUUUCUUUACACCUUUCGCUCUUGUUCUUUUCGUCUGCUGUAAUCCUUGUUUGAUAUCUCGAAAGAAGGUGACACAUGCA